UUUCGGGUGACAUUUUCAGUUCUGUAUAUUAUACAAUGGGAAAUUACCGCCAGAUGACGCUAUUAUUAAAGGCUCUUCUACCCCUUUUAGUUACACAGAAUUUCAUCCUAAACUGUAACAGCUUACUUCAUCAGCAAUUCAAAACAUUAAGUCACUCAAAGUUACGUGAAUUAUACUCAAAACAUUACGACAGUUAUGUAAAAUUUGCAACAGAAUAUAAAAAAGGUGUUAAAGAUGAUCGACCGGAACCACAUCGUUUAUUGGCAUUUGCUAAAAAUAUGGAAGAAAUUAAAAGACAUAAUGAAUUGUAUAAACAAGGCAAAUCAUCAUUUAUGCUUGGUCUAACUAUAAUGAGCGACAUGACGCCAGAGGAUUUGAUUGACGAAUUUCCGGCGAUAAAAUUUAAUGGUACUGGUGAUCCCGUUCCGGAAAAUUUAACGGCCCAACCAGUGAAAGAUAUUAAUUGGGUAACUAGAGGAUUUGUCACGCCAGUUGAAAAUUUCAAAGAUAAUCGAGUAUGUCGUAUGCCGGCUACUACAGCUGAUACAGUAUCAGAUGUUAUGGCAGCAUUAUCUAAAUUACAAACGAAAAAAUUACGGAAACUUUCGGCUCAGGAAUUAAUAGAUUGUAGUGGCUCUGGUUGUGGAUCUGUUGGAGACUUUGAAAAGCAUGGCGCGUAUGUUAUGGAAAAGGAAGGAUUGGUAAGUGCAGAGAGUUACCCAUAUAAGAUGGGACAAAAUCCAUGCCAGGUCAAAGGUAUGCGAUUUGGAAAGCCUAUUAUCCCUCUGAGACUAGUCUACACUACACCAAAGUUGUUCAAAGCGCUGCUAUCAAAGGGACCGGUUGCUGCAAGAAUUUUGGUGACAACAAAAUUUGCGGAAUAUAAAGGAGGACUAUUUCGUGAUAUAGCCAAAGAAAAUGCUUUUUCACAUACAGUACUAGCGGUUGGAUAUACAGAUACUUAUAUUCUAAUUAAAAAUAGUUGGGGUACGAAUUGGGGCGAAAAUGGUUAUAUGCGUAUUUCGAUUAAUCCAAAAGAAAAUUGCAAUUUAUAUCUUGAAGCAUUCGCUGUAAUGUGA